GAAGUGGAGCGCAUGGAGGGAGAAAGAAGAAGAGGGAGAGCGGCAUUCGGAAGAUAGAAGACGAGCGCGCGGCCCGGGAUCCGCGGCAAACAGCACCGAGAGGCCCGAGGAAGCGCUCGAGUGCUCGUCGAGAUGGCCGACGCGGCAGCGGCACCAACAGCAACGGCGGGAACGGAGACACGCCGGCACCAGGCCACCGGCGACGAUGAUCAACAGGAGGAGCACCUGCUGAUCAGGCACAUGCGACCCGACGAGCUCAAGCAGGCCAUGGACAUCUGGAAGGAGCAGGGCCUGGAGGAGAGCGAGAACAACGUGAGCACCUUCUACCAGGUCGACCCGGAGGGCUUCUUCGUCACCGUCGACACGAGGACAGGUCGGGUGGUGGCCACGUGCGCCUGCGUGCGCCAGCACGAGUCGCUCUUCUUCGUGGGUAUGUACGCGGUGCGCAAGCAUCUACAGGGACGCGGCAUAGGCAUCAGGCUCUGGCGCACCAUGGCCAGGCGGCUGGGAGACUGCAACGCGGGCCUCAACGCUGUGCCCAAGCACCUCAGCACGUACCGGGACCACGCGGGCUUUGGCCACCUCGACACUUGGAACACGUUGGUCUACAGCGGCACUGCCGUCAGCACCGACAAGCUGGCGCGGCCCACGGAGGAGCUGCGUGCAGUGCCAGUCACUGCCAACCUAUUGCCCCAGGUGAUCGCUUACGACGCCCUGGUGCACUGCUACAACCGCGAGAAGGCGGUCACCUACACCGUCUACGACACGGACGGGUUCGCUCGAGCCGUGGUACGGCGGCGGCCCGACGGCAGCGAAGUGGUAUGCGGCUUCGGCAAGAUUGGCACGAACAUCCUGGGCGGCGCCAUGAUGGGACCCCUGUACGCCGAGGACCGCCGUGCGGCCGACGUGCUGCUGCGCGCGCUGGUGGAUGGGAACCCGCUGACGCGCGUCAGCCUCACCAUGAUGGUGGUCGACUGCAACCCGGACGGCGUCGGUCUGGCCGAAGACCUGGGCCUCGAGUCGCACAUGCGCGUGCCCCGGUGCUACCGCAAGGCCAUCGUGCCGGCCCGCUUCGAGCAGAUAUUCGCGCAGCACGACCUCAACUUCUCGGCCUUCUAAGACAAAGCCGCGUACGCCACGUGUAUGUCUUUUGGCGGGGUGGGUUCGGCGGAACGUAGCGAAACGUCGCUUGGUCCGGGGUGUAACUUUGCCGAAGGCAGGUUUCCUCUCGGCGUCCUCGGUCUAACUCAAUGCUGCGCUGGAAGUCCGAGCAUAUGACUCAAGCUCUGGAACGUAUCUGUUGUAUAUUCUCGCUGGGCGAUUGGACGAACACGUAUGUUCAGACACGUGCACGACUGUUGUUAGCCUGAUAAGGAGAAGAUCGUGUGCGGGCAGCUUACAUCUCUCCUCCCCUGUUUGCGCUCCCUCUUAUUCUUCGGUCGGGGCAUAUGGCCCGGAUAUUCUGCGCAUACGGCCCGGAAAGUCUGCGUAUAUGGCCCGGAUGGUCUGCGCGUAUGGUCCGGAUGUUCAGCUAAUUUCACUGCGCCCCAGUUAUGUGCUGAAGGAAGUGCGCGCAUACAAAAACGUGUAUAUGCAUCCCGGAAAAACAUAUCCGGUACGGUUUAUAUAUCGGCCACUUAUCUUGAAGCGACAACUACACCAAGUAAAUUAUUAGUGAUCAUGGUACUAGAUCACCGCGCUCCCAUUCAGUCUAAUCGGCGUUUCAGUUAAUUACUUAUGUUAAUGCUGCAGUAGCUCUCCUUGCCUGCACAAAAUAGUCGAAUAAAGUGAUAGGGGAGGACGAAAAAGCUACAUUACAAUAAUUCAUGCAUGCACUAUAGACAGUGCUGGGAGCUAUUGACAAGCUUAUAGCCGCGUCAAUUCUGAAGGCCGGUUCGCGGCUACGCACUUGGUAUGAGAAAGUAAGACGUUGCGCUGUGCGCCUGUUGCGAUGAAAAAAGGCUGCUUUGUCGGCAACAAAUGAAAGGUAGAAAGAAACAUAGAGUUCACGUGCUCAUUAUUGAUAUCCUCGUGUCAAAGAAGAGACCUCUGCACUGAAGAUGAUCUGAAGUAGGGAGGUGCCGUGCUAAGGGACCUGUGAAAGCUCUGCUCAGCCGCUCAUACGCACUGUCGUCUGGUGAGCGCCAGAAUAAUAACUUAAGAAAGAGCAAUCUCGCUAGCUACUCCUCCAGCUUCCCAUACUAUACCUCCCAACCCCACCCCUCCAGAGGUAUAAGUGUGAAGUUAAUCGAGCAGAUCCGAGUACAUAGACUUCGUGUAUUCUAUGCACGUAUGGCUAGCGAAGUCGCAGCUGCGUGCCACAUACACAGCUGACGCCUGACGGCCUUCUGUGUAGUUAAGGCAGAAAGGCGGGCUGGUUGAUUUGAAUAUAAUGGCGCAUUUAUAGCGCUGAGAAAUGGACGCAUGGCAAGAAUACGGGACGUUUUGAGCACGUCCGUUUCCAUGUCCUGUAAAUGUGUCAGAUGAUCCGCGCUGCUUUUUGGAGUGAAGUUUUAAAUACCUACAACCAAUACUGUGUACUUACGACAAACACCCGAGCUUCACGUCUUGAGCGUUUCGGUAACUCUCUUUUUGUGUGUAUGUGCGAUAGUACCAGUCUGUUCUACAUGAAUAACACUAUAGAAUAGAAAGAGGCAAACAGUGCAAGUAGUAUGACGACUUAUUUUUUUCUCGUAUUUUAUGCAUAUGAUCAACAUGGCCUGAAACACUGCUCAUAUAUCAGCUGAAAGUGCAUAUCACCUCACAAUCUGUACGCUAAAAAUGACAGUAGAACUUCCUCCGAAAACAUUUUUCGCCAAAGAACACGAAAAUUUGCACGUUUAUGUUAGUCACGUCAAGGGUAGCGAGAUAACUGCACCGAACUGCUGGUUCAUGCAUGCAAGUAAUGCACGCUUUGUAGACGUAGCCAUUAAGAACUUACAACUCGACUGAGAACGAACAGCGCUGUGCAGGACACAGGCUUGAUCUAAGCUCUGUUUGGCGACUGGCGAAUACGAAAUAAGAAAGUAAAUAUGCUGUAUGUUUGCUCGUUUGUUUGUUUACAACAAAGCGCCAUUAAAAGCCACAUUUGACGAAUAUGCGAAAUAUGACUUAGAAAUCAAACGCGCUCUUUUUUUUUUUUACUCUACAGAGUGCUCCUCAAGAACAGCUGUCGUUGAAAACGUUACAAGGCUACGCAUCAGCCUCGAAUCGCAUUAUUUUAGUAGGAUAGAAUACUGGGCGAGUUGGUGCAGAUUCAUCGUGGCUAACAACGCUAUUAACACGGACGAACACGAG